UAGAACUAAAGCUGUCCGAAAACACUGAGAGCUCACAACACAGUUGACAUUGAGAACAUCACAGGGUGUAUGAAGGAGAAACAUGGACAGUGGAAUCACCCAUCAAUAGGGCUAUAAAGACAUAAUUUUGUUACUCAAAGGAUCCAAUUAAAAAGCUACUUGAGGUAAAGUUGUCAGAGAUGGGAAAUACAGGUGGGAAGAAAAGAGAAUUUUGGUUGGCAGAGAAAGGUCUAACACAUAGACAAGAUGAGACAACACAGUUGGAAGAAAGACAAGAUGAGACAACACAGUUGGAAGAAAAAAAAACUGAAGCUGGUUUUAUACCAGGACAUCAUGAAGCCGAGGUCUGCUAUGGAGGUGAAGCUGACUUACACAAGCACUAUACCGGCUGUAAGAAGAAUCCAGGUCAUGUCAACUUUAUACCUGUUAAUGAUUUUAACUUGGAUCAUCUCCCCUCACGUUACCGUGACGUCAUCAUGUUGGAGGUAAUCAAAGCUUUGUCUGCCCUAACGGUCCUGAUAAAGGUCAAGUUCACCAGUCUAAAGAGACCAAAGUCUGUUCCAUGCUUCAGUGGUCAGUAUCCAUGUUAUAACUACAGAGGAAGUGACGUGUUGAGGACAGGGACGGGGAGGGUGUGUGGUGUGGUCAAGUACACAGAGAGUGACAACAAGGGCACUUGUCCAUGUGGCAAGUGUCAACACUCGGACACACCCAGCAAAGUGUGGGGGGAGGUUCUUGUGAUGACAGCCACACACGUGGUGUUUGAUGAGAGUGAGGCGAGACGGACCAGGUGUGUUGUAGGUUUUGAUGACAAUAAAAGUCCUGGGGUCAGUCUAGAUGGCUGGAGGGUGAGGUGGGCAAACAUUAAGGGAGACUGGUGUUGGUUUAUAUGUGUGUCAUGUGACUUAGAGUUGGUUGAUGAACUGUACAAGAUGUGUCGGCACUUGUAUGAUCUAUGUGGGAAAGUAUGGAACAAAUACUUGGGAUUUCUUGAUGUGGACAAGUUGGCCGUUAUAGUGUCACAUCCUCAUGGCUGUCCUAAACAGGUCUCUGUAGGACAAUGGACACACAAACAUGUGAGGAAAGCUUGGUACACCAAGUACGCCAAGGACAAGUACACGUACACAACAUGUACAUGUCCUGGCUCCAGUGGAGCGUCUGUCUACUUGCUGGGAUGUGGCAGGUCGUUGUGGUCACAUCACCACAGUGGAUCAAACUCUGAAGGAAAUUAUAGUGGGGAGGUUUUGUAG